GAUAGCAGGAUGGAGGCGGGGACCACCACCACCACGAGGACGAGAGGUCGGCUGAGGCGGGUCAUCGCCGCCAUCGGUGGAAGGGACCGCCGUACAACGACAGGCAGAGGAGCUCCCCGUGGGUGUGGAUGGCGGUGAUCCUGUGCAUGCUGCUGGCCAUCGGCGUCCUCGUGUUGGGCGCCACGAUGUUGGCCGUGUACUUGAUCUACAAGCCCCAGAUGCCGUACAUGGAGGUGACCAACGCGCAGCUCCUGCAGCUCGACUACAGCCCGGCCGACGGCGUCACCAGGGACAUAAAGUUCAAGUUCGAUCUUCUCGCCAAGAACACCAACUCCAAGGUCGACACCUCCUUCUCCAGCUUCAACAUCGACGUCAACUUCAACGGCACCACCCUGCUACAGCUGAGCACCGAGACCUUCACCGUCGCCCGGGAGAGCUCCGUCACGCUGCCGUACAGCGGGGAGUCGCGCGGGACGAGGCUGGACCCCGCCGGGAUGCAGGCCAUGGAGGAGGCGGUCAGGUCCGAGCUGGUGCCGAUCACCCUGUCCGGCAAGGCGCGGACGCGGUGGAAGAAGGGCGUCUUCCUCAAGGUCGGCUUCUGGACGCGCCUCAAUUGCCCCCUCGACUUCUACUACCGCACCGGCAACGUCGCGCCCAUCGACCACGACACCUGCCGCUCCAGGUCGCCGUAG